AUGGAUAGAGUUACGUCAAAACGAGUUAAAAAUAAUGUGUUGAUAGAAAAAAGUGGUGACAGUGAGAAGAAGGCCCUUAACAGAAGAAGGACAAACAUGAAUAAAAAAAAAAACGUCCUUCUAAAUGACGAAUCGAAAAAUGAUGAAGCUAUUAAGAAGAAUUUGAAGAGAGUGAAAAAUGAAAAGAUUUCAAAAAAUGCAAAAGACAAGUUGGAAACCACCUGCUUAAUUAACACCAGAAGCAGAGAAAAUGACAAAAAGGACACCAUAUAUAAGGGGAUAGAAAAGGAGAAGAAAUACCCCCAUGCUAGCAGGGUUACUUCCAUUAAAAGCAACAAUGCAAGUGCUAAUCAUGGCGGGGAGAACCGUCUGGGCGACGGGAAAAAUGACAAUGUAAAGAGUUCAAAUUACACAAUUUUGAACUAUUUUAAGAGCAAAAGCGCGACGGAUAAGUAUGGCAGCAAGGCGUCCGGAAGGGGAAAUUCGAAGGUCGCGAACGAUAGCAAGGCACGCAAUGGAAGCAAUAACCGCGCAGACUACAGCGCGAGCAAUAGCGCGCCGAAUCAGGCAGUCAGCCAGACGAUCAGCCAAGCGGCCAACCAGACGACCAACCAAACGAUCACCUGCUACGCGAACGGCGCGAACCAAACGAAUUAUCUAAAGAUGAAAAAUAACAUCGAGCACAACCUGAUGAAUUAUAAGAAGUGCAAGUUAAACCAAAUGCACGCCGAGAAUUUCAGCAUGGACUCCUACAGGUCGAACAACUCAUCUAAUAGCGAGCUGUACAUCGGAUCGGAGCAGAACAAUUUGUAUGCAAGCAACCAGGAGCACACUAUUGGUAGGUCCUCCAUGCAGUUGAAAGAAAGCAGACUGCGCAGUAGCAUCGGUAGAGCGGGGGGACUGCAUUCUAGUUUGAAGAGUGGCAACAUGUUGGACCUCCGCAGUAAUAUUUUGAAGGGCCCCCUACAGUUGAGCGAUCUGUACAGCUCCAGGAAUGGAGAUUCGUCCACCGUGUUGACUAGGAAUUCGUUAUACAAAUGUAAGGAGGAGCGUGUGGAUGGACUAGAUCGAGCGAAUCGGCUGGAUCGACUCGAUGGGGUAGAUCGGGCGGAUCGGGGCGAAAAGGGAUGCUGUGCCUCCGGAGCGGAAAACCGAUUCAUCAUGAGUAGGAGCCUGGGAACCGGAUUGAACGGCUUAAGGGGAAAGACGAUUUCCCACGUGGAAGGAAGCCGAGGAGGAAUCGGCGCAACCGAUCUGAUGGUGAAUGGCGAAGGAAGGCGCAGUGAAGCUGGGUACAGAGGCACCGACAUGAGACGAAGCGGUGACCAGCUCUACAGUUACAAAGAUCGGAAUAAGGACUACCUAGAUUCGAUAAACCUGUCAAUCAAUCGAGAAAGCGAGAAGGCUAGGGAACUCCUUGGCAGAUCCCUCCCCAGCAGGAAUACGAUGAACAGCACAAAGUUGGACGAAGAAUAUUUUUCCAACAAUAUAUUGAAUUUUGAAAAUUACUGCUCCGAUCGAUUUAAGAGAAGAAUCAAUAAUAACCUUAUCAACAACAUCUGUAGCAUGUACGAGGAUAAAUCAAAUCUGGAAGACUUCAUUUCCCGGAAGAGGCGAGAAGGAGGGGUGUGUAAGUCGAAGGAAGAUUUUGCAAAAUACCGAAUGGAUGAUAGCUGCAUGGUAGGAAUUCGAAAUGAUCAUUUCGAGGGGGAGCAGCUUUUUAAAAGGCCACGCAUGUCCUUGUAUAACAGCCUCCUAAGAAAGAGCCGAUUUGAAGGUGGAAAAAAGGUGGAAAAAAAUGAUCGGGACAGCAUAUCAGAACUUCUCCUCCAUCAUCAAGAUUUACUCAUAAACAAGAGGGAAAAAAUUGUGGUAAGUAAAGAUGUAGAGGAUACGAAGGAUAUCAUCGUAAAGAAGUAUAUAAAGAAUUUUUGGCUACUUAGUCGAAAGGACUUUUUUAGUAAGUACUGGAAUGCAUCCCUCGAAUUGAGCAGUAUAGAAGUGGAGAAGAUGAAAGAGUUGAUCUCGCUUCCACCGAAUGAGCCGUGCACAAUUGAUGAUCUGUUUAGUAAGGACAAUGAGAUUGUUGAUGAAGACCAGCUAGUGAAGGAUUACGUUACGGAUGAGAAGCUGAGGAAUUUCCGCCUAGACCUGAUCGAUGGCUUCCUCUACGACAAGCAGUCUCUAUACGAGAGGGAGAUGGUUGAAAAUGAGAAGAUAUUUUCACACAUCUCCUUUAAUCACAAAAAUUCAGACAUCAAAGUGGACAAGCUGUUAAAUUUGUUUCCUCGAGAUUUCAUGAGGAAGUACAAAAUUGUGAAGAAGUUAGGGGAAGGGGUUUAUGGGAAAGUCUUCAAGGCAGAGUCUUUGGAGGAUUCCUAUCUGCACUUUGCCGUCAAGGUGUUACGUUACUUCUGGCCCAACUUCAAAUACAAGUUCGGUUCUGAGGAAUUCGCCAUUAACGAGUUUAACAUAAUGCGGAUUUUAUUCCACCCCAAUGUUGUAUGUCUGUUGGAUAGUUUCCGUGUGCACACAUAUCGGAAGAGCAAAGUGAAAACUCAUCGGAACCAGAAGACGCGCAAUGAGACGGUAUCGGCUGAGUACGACUUCAGUUUUCAGAGACAUCGGAAAGUGGAGCGCAAUCAGCAUUCCCCAUCCCGGGACACGAUCGAAAGGAACAACAAGUAUAAGAAUUUAAUUUCGAAGGGGUGCAUAACGAUUGAAGAUUUGGAGAAGGAUCUGGUUAUGUACAACAUUGAUAAGGAGGAGAGCCUGAACGGGGAUCCCAAGUUGGGCAGUCACCUCAACAGGACGGUCAAAAGUUUGAGGAGCUACCACACAGAGGGGGGCAGCGAGUACGGGUCGACCAACGUAAGGAAGGAUAUUCAUAAGGAUCGCAGCAAUGACCGCAUUAGCGACCAGAGCGGCAACCUCAGCAACGAGCGAAGCAGCGACCUGGCCGUGUUACACGCGAAGAAGAAGGUCAGAACGGCUACCUUCAACUCCUCCGCCAUGGCCCACCCCUCCGAGCUGCAGAGAAUGAAGAUGAGCAGGACCAGCAAGAUGAACAGGACGAAAAAGAUGAGCAUGGCGAGCAUGGCGAAAAUGACCAGCAUGGCCAGCAGGACGAAUAAAAGCAUCGAUAAGUUAAAGUUUAGGAAACACUCGAGGAAGCUCAAGAAGAUAGAGAAUAAGAACAACGAUUACAUUGAAAACUGGGAUCUCUUCCUCGUCAUUGAAAAGUGUGACUGCAGUUUAAAUGACAUUUUAAGCAAAGCGAAGAAGAGGCACACCUCCUUUAUCCAGCAUAUCAAACAGUGCACAGCGCAGCACUUGCCGAGUGAGCGAAUUGAUAUGUCUUAUGACCACAUACACAAUUAUGUAAAAUAUGUGUAUCUGCCAUUGAAGAAGAUUGAGAAUCGGUCCUUCUAUCCGGACAUGCCAUCCCUGUCCGAGAUACAGACCAAGGUGAUCAUAUAUCAGAUGCUUCAAGGGAUUAAUCACUUUCAUAAAAAAUUUGUAAUUCAUAGGGAUAUCAAGCCAGCCAAUACUCUCAUCAAGAAUAUUAAGUACCUGUCGGAUGGGCUGAACGAUUCAAAGGAGUGGAUCGUGAAGAUUGCCGACUUCGGUUUGGGGGUCUAUGAUCACUUCUUAAAGGCGGAGACGAAAGAUUGCAAUAUUAUUACACUGCAGUACAGGCCACCCGAAAUUCUUUGCAACAGUACCAUGUAUAACUAUUCAGUGGACAUCUGGUCCAUUGGCAUCACCAUGUGUGAGUGCCUACUCGGGUUCGUGCCCGUCACUUCGAAAUUUGAAUCCUCCGUGUUGUUCAAAAUUCUGGUCUUUCGAGGCAUCCCGGAUGACGACUUUGGCAAUCUAUUGAAGAAGGAGUUCGUGGGGGAGCUUCCUCAGUUCAAGGUGGACCGCCUGAGGAUGCUGGAGGUGAUUUUUACCGAUAUAUAUGGGCGUAGACUGCUGAGCGAUCACGGCAUUGAUUUGAUUGAUCAAUUCCUCAGCUAUGAUUACAAGAACCGCAUCACGGCGAACGACGCGCUCAAGCACCCCUGGUUCGAGGACGUGCACCUCUACCUCAACGAGCGGCUGCUUCGUUACUACAAGCGCACGGGCACGUACUACUUCUAG